AUGACAUGGAGCAACGAACUAUACGACCUCCAAUCUAAUAAGACCACCAACAUCAACAUCAACGCCAACACCAACUCAAAUAACAUACUAACAAUUGUAACUACAAUGGAACAAAUGGAUUAUGAAGAUCAGCACGAUCUGCAACGAAAUGGUUUACUCUAUAAUAAACAUAAUCAAACAGCAACAAUAUUAUCAUUAGCAACAAGAAGAAGAACAAGAACAACUACAACAGCAGCAAUAAUUAGUGCAAAUAAUCCACAAAUGCUUUUAAAUAUUUUGCCAGAACCCUUAAUGCCGUCUAACAAUAUUGAGGAGUUAACAACUAUUUCAUUUUCAAAUGCAAGCGACCGUCCUUUCUAUGCAAAUAGAAGCAAAAAUCACAUAAAACUAACAACAAUAACAACAACAGGUGAUCCAACUAUAUAUAAUAGCAUUAACACCAAUAAUCAGCUACUACAACAGCAAGAAGAAGAAGAAGCAGCAACAGACGUCCAUGCUAAUGACAAUCAAAUCAAUCACAGCAUAACACCCGCAACACUUGUGAAUCUGCAACUGAACUCCAAUACGAGUCUUAAUCCGAGUUCACAAUCGCAAUCUCAUCAGUUACUGUGGAAUUGGAAGUUCAAUCGAACGAGAUUCAAGCGCUUACUUAAGCACAAAGGAAAUGAAACGCAAACAUUAUUCAACAAUCUCAGUUUGUGGCAGCAGCACAAUUUGAAGGUGAACCAAGUGUUCGAGAGUGAACGCCGCAUGACGCCGCACAAUUUGCAACUUAAUCGAGGAAAAAUUGUUUUACUCGGUCUAUUUGAGUUGUCAACGAAAUUGGGACCCCGUCCAGAUGGAUUAAGUGAAUUAUGUGCCGCUAUGAUGGCUGUCGAACAUAUUAAUAACAAACAACUUCUACCUGGCUAUACACUGGAGCUGGUCACAAAUGAUACACAGUGUGAUCCUGGAGUCGGAGUUGAUCGAUUUUUUCAUGCAAUUUAUACGCAACCUUCGACUCGCAUGGUGAUGCUGUUGGGCUCUGCUUGUUCUGAUGUGACGGAAAGUUUAGCGAAAGUAGUACCGUAUUGGAAUAUAGUACAGGUAUCUUUUGGUUCAACUUCGCCUGCACUAAGCGACCGAAAAGAGUUUCCUUAUUUUUAUCGCACUGUCGCACCCGAUUCAUCCCACAACCUGGCGCGUAUUGCUUUCAUCCGCCGCUUUGGCUGGGAUACGGUUACCACAUUUUCACAAAACGAAGAAGUACAUUCAUUAGCAGUAAAUGAUUUGGUAACUGAAUUGGAAGCCGCUAACAUCUCAUGUGCAGCAACUAUAACAUUCGCAGCAACGGACUUUAAAGAGCAAUUACUACUAUUGAGAGAAAAAGAUACGCGUAUAAUAAUCGGUAGUUUUUCGCAAGAUUUAGCGCCGCAAAUACUCUGUGAAGCCUAUCGACUGCGUAUGUUCGGGGCAGACUACGCUUGGAUUCUGCACGAGAGCAUGGGUGCGCCAUGGUGGAACGCUCUGCCCGCCGCUGAUACCCACUGCAGUGCCGCUGAAUUACAAGAGGCAGUUGAGAAUUUGAUUAUUGUCUCAAGUCACAACAGCAUCGUGGGAACCAAUAUAAGCCUAAGCGGUUUGAACAACAACAUGUUCAAUGCACAACUGCGUAAACAGUUUGUACAGUUCCGAAACUUAAUUGCGACUACAUCAGCGGAAAAGGAAGCUGCUAAUAACUCUUUAAUAAGUUCAAAAGUCAAGAACUAUAAACAAUGGCCACAGCAUCUGCAGCAGCGUCAACAGCAUGAACAGCAACAAUCGCAACAAAAAUCAAUAAAUCCUCAAAGAGCUGGUGAGCAAAUUGUUCAGGAGGACAAUGCUUUCGUUUCAAGGUACGCACCACAAACGUACGAUGCCGUUUGGGCGAUUGCUUUGGCAUUGCGUGCAGCUGAGGAGCAUUGGCGUAAGUUUGGAAUUCAAUCGAAAUUGGACAGUUUUGAUUACACACGCAGCGACAUGGCAUGGGAGUUUCUACAGCAAAUGGGCAAGCUCAAUUUUUUAGGCGUAUCGGGUCCUGUAUCGUUUAGUGGGCCGGAUCGCAUUGGUACCACAGCUUUUUAUCAAAUACAAAAUGGUGUCUUGGAGCCAGUCGCAUUAUAUUAUCCAGCUGAAAAUUCAUUGGAUUUUUAUUGUCCACGUUGUAAAACGGUGAAAUGGCACAGUGGUCAGGUGCCAAUAGCUAAGCGGAUACUUAAAGUGCGCGUGGCCACAAUUGCGCCAUUAGCAUUUUACACCAUCGCCACACUGUCGUCUGUUGGUAUAUCAUUGGCAAUUGCAUUUCUGGCAUUCAAUUUGCACUUUAGGAAAUUAAAAGCUAUUAAACUUUCCAGUCCGAAGUUAAGCAAUAUAACAGCGGUCGGAUGCAUUUGCGUUUACGCUGCUGUCAUACUUUUGGGUUUGGAUUUUUCUACACUGCCAUCGGCAGCGGACUCUUUUGCCACUGUUUGCACGGCUCGUGUGUACUUACUUUCUGCAGGAUUUUCGCUUGCAUUUGGUUCAAUGUUUGCCAAAACAUAUCGAGUCCAUCGCAUUUUCACAUGUACAGGCAGCGUUUUUAAGGAUAAAAUGCUACAGGACAUACAACUUAUUCUGCUUGUUUGUGGUCUUUUGCUCGUUGAUGCGUUAGUGGUUACUUUGUGGGUGGUUACAGAUCCCAUGGAACGUCAUUUGCAUAACUUGACUUUGGAAAUUAAUAGCCUUGAUCGUAGUGUUGUGUAUCAACCACAGGUUGAAGUCUGUCGCUCACAACAUACACAAAUAUGGCUAGGAGUUUUGUACACAUAUAAAGGAUUAUUGCUUAUUGUGGGUGUGUAUAUGGCUUGGGAGACACGUCAUGUUAAAAUACCAGCUCUGAACGAUUCGCAAUAUAUCGGCAUGUCCGUGUAUAGUGUUGUUAUAACGAGCGCAAUCGUUGUUGUCCUGGCAAAUUUAAUAUCAGAACGUGUCACUUUUGCUUUCAUCACAACUACUGUGCUAAUACUCACCUCGACAACAGCGACAUUAUGUUUGCUCUUUAUACCGAAAUUGCAUGAUAUAUGGGCACGCAAUGAUGUCAUUGACCCGGUUAUACAUAGCAUGGGACUAAAAAUGGAAUGCAAUACUCGACGUUUUGCGACCGACGAUAGGCGUGAAUUACAAUAUCGGGUUGAAGUACAAAAUCGGGUCUAUAAAAAAGAGAUAGCUACACUGGAUGCAGAAAUUCGUAAGUUAGAACGCAUGUUAGAGUCUGGAACAGCAUCUACAACGACAUCAUCUUCGAAUUCUUUAAUAGCAGGCCAACAUAUGCCUGAAGUUAAAGUUACUUGUGACUCAAUUACACAUAUACCGCCAUUACCUAGGCUUAAUGAAUCACGUACACCGAGUAUAUCUGGUAUUUUGCCUAACUUGUUACUAUCAGUAUUACCACCAGUAAUACCUCGUGCUAGUUGGCCAUCAGCUGAAUAUAUGCAAAUACCAAUGAGACGCUCGGUUACUUUCGCGUCACAACCACAAUUAGAGGAUCCUACCAUAACUCAAGCAUGUUUACCUGCACAAGAUUUAUAUAAUUUGCGUUUGGCACAUCAACAGGCAACUGAAUCAAAAAGCGGUAUCAUAAAUCGCAUAAGAGGCAUUUUUUCACGCACUACAUCUAGUAAUAAAGGUUCCACAGCAAGUCUUUCCGAUCAGAAGGGUUUAAAAGCAGCAUUUAAAUCUCAUAUGGGAUUGUUUACACGUUUAAUACCAUCAUCACAAACUGCAUCCUGCAAUGCUAUCUAUAAUAAUCAAAAACGAGAAUCUGAUCCAACCAGUGGGCAUGAUUUGUACAAUUUAAAGCCUAUGCAUCGAGCAUCGUUUGCUAAAAGUGGCACACAUUUAGACGUUACCACAAUCGAUCCUACUUUUUUGAAAAAACCAACUAUCUGUACUGAUCCCAUCGAAUUGUCUCUUCAACAACAAAAUACCGAAACUACUGGCAGAUAUGUUAAGGUACAUGAGACAAAAGUUAAUUUUAUAUUGCCACAUAAAAGAAGACCUUCUAUUGCACAAUCGCAACCUGCAUUACGUCAGCGUGUGCGAGGAUCGCCAAGAUUUCCACACCGUAUUUUGCCGCCUACUUGUAGCUUAAGUGCAUUAGCAGAAUCAGAAGACCGUAGCCUAAUAAUGAAAAGACGAAGUAUGACACUGCAAGACACCAUAAAUGGAGAAAAUUGGAAAUCAAUGGAAUGGCUUAAAAGUUCACAAGAAAAUUUCGAUGAGGUUAUGGUUGUUGAAGUGGAACAUGUUGUUCCAGAGGAUGAGAUCGGUGCAAAAGUUGAAGUAGAUGAAAUACAGUUGUAAAAUAUAUAUGUAAGUUUUAGUUUUCCAUAAUUUAUUUUUUUUUUUUAAUCUAUCCAUAAGUUAACAAAGUUUGUUAAAGAUAUCCUACAUAUUUGCCAAUUAAUAUAAUUGUUUCGGUUUU